GGGAAGAAAGGAAGGAAACUUCCGGGUACUAAGUUUGCUAGCUCCCUUAGGAUAUACUGGAAGGUAUUCCGCCUAGUAUAUAAAAGAGCAACUAGUAAUAAGAUUAAUAGCAAAAUAAACCGGAGCAUAUAUAAGGUGCUAAGAAAACUAGUAAAAAAACACAAGCUAAAGAAAAUAGGGUAA